AUGAUAAGGGAAUGGUUUAAAGCAAAAGCUAGUGAAUUAUUUGAAAUCAUUCAAAAUAACACUGAUGUAAUAACUCAGAAAAACAACAGAGUAAAAGAAGUGGCGUCGAUAAAAUCCGGUUUAUUUGAUGUGUCAUCUCGAGCUUUUCGAUUGAGUAUUGUCAUUAUAUUUUCAAUGCUUGCGUUCUGUUUCUUGGCUGGAUUGUAUUGGCAAUACAAAUACCACUACAAGGCUUCAAAGUCUGACUUCAACUACAAAGUGAAGCACCUUCUUAUCCCAAGUACAAAAUAUUGCGAGAGGAUUUCAAACGAUUACAUGAAGAGGAAUUAAAAGAUCUUAAGAACAGAUUAAUCAUGUUAAAGGCAAAGCAUAUGAAAGAACUGAAGCUCUUAACCAAACUUAAAAAGGAAUCAGUUCACUCUUUGCCCACAUCCUCACAGAAUAAACAAGUGUCUGGAAGCGU